AUGGGCCAGACCGCGUGGAUCGACAUUGCACCCGUAUCGACAAAGGAGGAGUACUACGAUCUUGGAACAUACAGCCGCAAGGUGACAACUUCAUCAGAGGAAGCACAGAUCUGGUUCGACCGGGGCCUCGCCUGGGUCUACACAUUCAACCAUGACGAGGGCAACUACUGCUUCCGACAGGCUAUUGCGCACGACGUCAACUGCGUCAUGGCCUACUGGGGCCUGGCCUACUCGCUGGGACCCAACUACAACAAGCCCUGGAAGCGAUUCGAUGCCAAAGAUCUUGCAAGUUGCGUGAGCCGAGGUCAUCAUGCGCUUCGCAAGGGCUGUGAACUGGCGCAAAGCAACGAUGUGAUCGACCUGGAGCGGGAGCUACUCGACGCCAUCAUGUACCGGUUCGAGAACAAGGAUGCUGACCUCGAAACACUCGAGCUACAAAAUAAGAACUAUGCCGAUGCCAUGGCAAAGGUCUACGUCAACCAUAAGGACGAUCUCGAGGUUGCCAGCCUCUACGCUGAUUCCAUGAUGCAGCUGAACAACUGGGACCUGUGGAACCUCUUUACUGGCAAGCCACAGCCAUACGCGCGCACCGGCCAGAUCCAAAAGGUCCUGGAGGAUACAUUUCAGCACGUUCAGGGCGCCUGGGACCACGCGGGCCUGCUACAUCUCUAUGUACACUAUAUUGAGAUGUCGCCCCAUCCGGAGCAGGGCAUUAUACACGCCGACCGACUGCGCCCACUCAUGCCACACAGCGGCCACGCCCUUCAUAUGCCUACCCACCUAGACGCCCAAAUUGGCGACUGGCGCCGCUCCAUCGCGUCCAACCGGGCUGCUACAAAAGCCGACGAGCUCUACUACAAGCGAAACGGCGCUCUGAAUUUCUAUACCUUCUAUCGCCUGCACAACUACCAUGCUCUCAUCUACGCAGCCAUGAUGGCUGGCCAGUCCAAGACAGCUCUGGAAACCGUCGACCGCCUCGAAUCAACCCUGCCCGAGGAGCUUCUACGUAUUGAGUCCCCGCCAAUGGCCGACUGGAUGGAGCACUUCAUCUCGGUUCGCGCCCACGUCAUGAUCCGCUUCGGCAUGUGGCAGGAUAUCAUUGACCUACCACUCCCUCAGGAUCAGAAGCUGUUCGCCUUCACCACGGCGAUGUUUCACUACGCCAAGGGUGUGGCCCACGCCGCUAGCGGCAAUGUCAAGGCUGCUGAGGAGCAGCGCGAGACCUUCUUGAAAGCUGCCGCCGACGUGCCAUCAACCCGGCGAGCCUACCUGAGUACGGCUAAGGAAAUCAUGGCCGUGGCCACCAAGAUGCUCGACGGCGAGAUCCAAUAUCGACGAGGCGAGUACGACGAUGCCUUCCAGAGCCUGCGCGAUUGCAUCAAACUCGACGACUCCCUUCCCUAUAACGAGCCAUGGCCCUGGAUGCAGCCACCCCGCCACGCGUACGCUGCUCUGAUGCUGGAGCAGGGACACGUGGAAAAGGCUGCGGCUGUGUACAGGGCUGACCUUGGUUUCGACAACACACUGAUCAGGGCGCGCCGCCAUCCCAACAAUGUAUGGGCUCUACAGGGCUACUACGAGUGUCUCGUUCGCCUUGACAGGAGGGAGGAAGCGUCUAUUAUCGAGUCUUUACUCGUGCUUGCUCGGGCCGGAGCAGAUGUGCCGGUUGAGGCAUCCUGCUUCUGCCGACUCGAUACGUCGCAGACACCCAAGUUGAACACCCAAGUGAGCAUCGAGGCGACCAAUGGCUGUUGUACCAAUGGUAAAUGA